UAUUCAAUAUAGUAGUUGGUUGUAAAUGGAAAUGUGAAUAAUUUGAAAAUGAACCUUAAAGAAAGAAAAAUAUAUGAUUAUCAACCAAGAAAUUUCAUUAUGAUUUAUGGUAUAGGAUUCCCUAACCGCCUUAUUAAUCGAAAUGUUAUUCUCGUAUUAGGUUUUGUUAUUCUUUAUUUUUGCACUAUCACUCUCUAAUCUGGAUUUUUGACAUUUAAAGAAUGAGACAUAAUAAAGAAUUAAUACUACUUUAAACGAACAUAAAACUUAUAUUAUUAAGGGGGUGAAUGUUUAUUUAUUUUUGCAAUAUUGUCAGGCAGUUUAAUCAGGCAUCAUCGUCAUCAUGCCAUCUUCGAAUUGAAGUUUGAAGACUGCAUCAUCCCUCAACGUUAUAUAUUAAGCAUCGUGACAUUUUUUGGCAUUUGUAAUGCAUUCAUGAUGCGAGCUUGCCUUAACUUAGCCAUUACGCAGAUGGUCAAAGUGAAUAUAACAAAUCAGGAAUUUUAUGAUGAAUCGGCUUGCCCAAACGACAAAGAUGACGUCAUAACCAACGUCACGUCUCGCGUAAACGUAAACCCGUAUGCAAUUGGCGAAUGGGACCAAGCAACCCAAGGUUUCAUAUUAAGCGGAUUUUACUACGGAUAUAUACUUACUCAGAUACCAGCUGGAUAUUUAGCGGAAAAAUUAGGUGGUAAAUGGACACUUGGCCUGGGGUUGUUGAGCACCGCCAUAUUCACUUUUCUUACUCCCAUUGUGACCAGGACAGGUGGAGCUACGUGGCUUUUUGUAUUAAGACUUCUUCAGGGCAUGGGAGAGGGUCCCACAAUGCCAGCAGUAAUGAUCUUGCUUGCUAGAUGGGUACCACCUCUCGAGAGGUCAAUACAAGGAGUCAUUGUUUUCGGUGGAGCUCCUAUGGGUAACAUCCUUGGUUACUUCUUGUCUGGAAUACUUCUCUCCGAGGGCAGGGACUGGUCGUACGUAUUCUAUGUCUUUGGUGGCUUCGGCAUAUUGUGGUUCUUUUUUUGGAGUAUUUCUUGCUACAGCACACCAAAUACACACCCAUUUAUUUCAGAGAAGGAAUUGAGAUAUUUGAAUGACAAUGUAGCAUCAGCGUCAAAAGUAGGAGCAAACGAUCCAGUUCCGUGGAAAGGACUUAUACGAUCUGUGCCAGUCUGGGCCAUGAUAGGUGCUUCUAUUGGUCAUGACUGGGGUUAUUAUACCAUCAUGUCAGAUCUUCCUAAAUAUUCUCACGAUGUCCUGAAAUUCAACAUUGCGGCCGCUGGCACUAUGAACGCACUGCCUUACCUUGCUACGUGGCUGUGUUCUUUUCUCUUUGGCUUCAUCUGUAAUUUUUGCAUCAAAAAAGGCUGGCAUUCUAUCAGGACUGGCAGAAUUAUUUACACUACAAUUGGGGGGGUAGGGCCAGCAGUCUGUAUCGUUAUGGCUUCAUACUCGGGUUGUGAUCGCAACCUGGCUAUGGUUUUUUUUGUACUUGGCAUGGGUCUCAUGGGUGCUUUUUAUUGUGGAAUGAAGGUGAAUCCUCUGGAUCUUGCCCCAAACUAUGCCGGUUCGUUGACGUCCCUAGUCAAUACAUCAUCAACAUCUGCUGGUAUUCUGACGCCGUAUGUCGUAGGGCUGAUGACACCUAAUUCAACAUUACAAGAAUGGCGAGGCGCAUUCUGGCUCUGUUUUGCCGUGAUAGUCAGUUCUAAUGUAGUAUACGCUAUCUGGGCUGAUGGUAAGCAACAGUGGUGGGACGACGUGCGGCAGCACGGGUACCCACCGGGCUGGAAACAUGGCCCAAUCAUCAAGGAGGCAGAUCCUGAAGAAUUUGAAGCAGUACAAAAUCUAAAUGACUUUGAGAAAAAGUAACCUAGAUAAUUUACAAGAAUAAACAGAAAUAUAAAUUGGA